GCGGAUGAUGGAGAAACGUAAACAGGCCGGACUGCUGACCCUGCCGUACCACCUGCUCCCGGGGCCCAUGGGCGUGCCUGGGUCCCUGCCCCGCCUUCCCCUGCGGGACCCCUUCAGGGUCUCCUUGCGUCUGGACGCCGCGUGCUGGGAGCGGGAGCGGGGCGGCUGCGCCCCGCGGCGGCCGUACUUGCCCCUGCCGCUGGACGGCGCCUUCGAGCCCGCCUUCCUCCGCAAGCGCAACGAACGCGAGCGGCAGCGGGUGCGCUGCGUGAACGAAGGCUACGCGCGCCUCCGAGCUCACCUGCCCCGCGAGCUGGCGGACAAGCGCCUCAGCAAAGUGGAGACGCUCCGCGCCGCCAUCCGUUACAUCAAGCACCUCCAGGAGCUGCUGGAGCGCCACGCGCGGGGCCAGGAGGGCGCGGCCGGCGCCGGCCCCUCGCUCAGGGCCGAAUGCAACAGCGACGGCGAGUCCAAGGCCUCGUCGGCGCCUUCGCCCAGCAGCGAGCCCGAGGAGGCGGCCUGUUAGCGAGCGCUGGGCCGGCCCGGACCCCUCCCGCUGCGCCGCGCUUUUGGAGUCUGCUCUAAGGUUCCCUCCGGAGGUGGUUUGCAUUUGCAAUCUGUUUUUGUUUUUUUUUUUCCUCCAGAACUAAAUCUUAGGAAAAAGAAAUGAGUGCUUUAGGGGGAAAAAAAGAUUUUGACAUUCUAGUUGUUUCCACCCCCUCCACCCCCCCCCACUAUUGGUUAUGUGCCUGCAACUGAAAGAUGCUUAUGAAAUUCUUCCUGUACUUCUCAAAGACAAACUGUACCAGACUCUGAACUCCUCAAAGGGCGAAAACAACGAGGAUUUGCCACAGUCAGCGGGGUGGGUAAAUUACGGACGUAAAUACUGAAACAAAUCCAACCUUAACCAAAGAAGAAUUUUCCAAAACUAGCUAACUAACUAAAUAACAGUCCUUAAGAUGAGCGGAAGGUUUUUCCUGCAUUCCUUCACUUGGGAAUUGAUGAGAAAUGUAAUUGACACCGUGCUUUGGAGGAAGGUGGCCCUAAGCUGACACCUGGGAACACGUUUGCCAGAGCACGCGGCCAGGCCAGCCUGUGCUGUUGACUAAGCGUGUGGAUGGCGGUGCUAGAAAGCACAUUCCAUAUUGGAAACAUCCUGUUUUAUCAAAAAAGUGGUCGUGUGGGAACUUCAUAGCAUCUAGCAGAUAGUAACGUGUCAGUGGCAAUGAUCUUUUUGGAAGAGAACUCAGAUUUGUAUGAAAACUUACUUUUCCUCUCAGGUAUCUUGUGUGUUGUGUUUUCAUUUUCCUUCUCUUUGCACCCCUCAAUCUCCACCCCCUUGUUCUCACUCCAUCUAACUUUCGGUUAAAGUGACACUGUGGUCUUUAAAAAAUAAAAAUAAAAAGGAAACGCUUAGAUGGUUGAAUGGGAGGGAUUGAGGUUGGGACAUUCUUAUACUUUUAUCACCUUGAGGGCUUCCGGCUAUACUGAAAUUGUCUAGUGACUCUGGAAGUCUUUUAAAAAUAUUUAAUUCUGGUCUUUUUUUUUUUCUGAGAAACAGUUAUAAAUUCAGUAGAUAAGUCAAAUGCUUGUUGACAGAUGAAGAUAAGCUUCCUAUCUCUAAAGUUUUCUAAUAUGCUGACUUUCCCUUUCCUUGGAGACAGCUUUGCUCUUGGGGUGAGGGUGCUUGGGGGUGCCGGGAAGAGGACAGAGAGAGAAAACUAACAGUGCUGAGCCCUUUCCAGGUAUUAUUUCAUUAAGUCCCACACUGAGGUAGGUUUUAUUACCCCCUUUCUGCAGAUGUGUGAACAGAGGGAAGCAAAUAAACAAUAAACAUCUUUUACGUGCCAGAAAUUUUGUUGUGUGGUUUUCACAUUUUGUCCUAUUUAUUCUCAUAACUCUGUGAAGUGGGUAUUAUACAUAUUUGUAGUUAAAAAGAAAAAAAAAAAGGCUGGGAGAGGUUACAUGCCUUGCCCAAGUUAGUGUUGCUAGAAUUAGUUGAGCUGAGAUCCAGUCCUAAGUCUGCCUGACCCCGAAGCCCAGGCUUGCUUUCUGCCUGACCGUGCUCUCCCUUGCCCUGUCAUUUGCUAGCUAGGUGACCAGCAAAAGCUUCUUAACCUCUCUGCAACUCAGGUUCCUCCUCCUCGUCCUACUACUUCACAGAAGCAUAGGUUACAGACCUUGGUAAUCUGUAAGCUACAAUCCAAUGAUUAAGUUAGUAGCGUUAGUGUUAUUGUUCGGAGAAAGUAGUAUUUAUUAGCUCUAAGGAGAGUAAGCCUGGUUAAAAAUGAUGUCUAGAUGGAGUGUGAUUUCUUCAGUGUUCAGAAGGAGGAUGGAGUAAACCACACUUUAUUAGGAUUCUAUCUUCUAUUGUAAGGUUCUAGGGGACAUGACUGGUGGAAUGCUGAAUCCAUGUUGAAAUGUAUUACUACUAAUAUUUAUGACGAUGAAUUAUUAUGGGAUUCUAUUAUUUCUGACCAGAUAAAUGCUGUGCAAUGCUUUACUACCAAACUACUUUUUCUUUAGAAGCAGGCAGAGCUUUGUGGUUUGAAUGAGCAAGAUGGAACAGCUA